UCAGAUGCUUCAAAAUCGCCCCCCUACCAUCUGGGCCGGUACCGAAAGUGCAUUGCUUGUGGAAGCUUUUUCGACGAACCGUGGCGUCGGAGCCGAUGAGGUUCACAAGAUCAUGACGUCGCUUGGUGCCCUCGCGGAGUUUGGACCAGCCAACCCGAAGACUAUUCGCGCUCUGAAGGCCAGCGGUGUCUGUGGUUUGAACACCGCUCAAGACUCUCAGGUAUUCUUCGCCGACUACUACGACUCCGAGACUGCGGCGACGGCUCGUCAACAGUUGGACAACCGCACCAUCUUUCACAUGCGCCUCCGGAUCUACUGGGACUCCGACCUAGAAGACGUAUUCGAGGAAGAGCCAGAGAAGGAACAAGCUGGGCAGGACCAGAUGCCAUACCCGCUCUUGAGCUACGCCUCCUUGAACGGCGGUCCUGGGAUCUUUGACCUCGCGAGUCCACCGACGUCUUCGUCUCUUCCUCUCCCAGAGAGUCCGACCCCCAAGAGAGGCGGAGGCGACACAGAGCGUGAGUAACCGCCAGCUUU